UCUAUUUAUCUGCGCUUUUGUGAAAGAUGCCGCAGUACGCAAUCCGUUCACGUACUAUCUCCUUAACGUGUCCAUAUGUGACCUUGGUCUGGCCUUGUUCAGCAUGACCGGCUUCGUCUGGUUCACCGUAUCGCCGCGUUCCAGCGCGGCAUACUGCCCAUACUAUAAUUUUCUCGCCAAACAUCUCUUCGUCGGUGCCGGCUGCGCGGUAAUGCUGGUCAGUAUUGACCGAUUGCUUUCCAUGUUCGCACCGGUUCAAUACAGAAAUAUUCGGUCGGUGAAAUUUACUUGCGUGGUGUGUGCUGUGAUGUGGUUGCUGAUAGUCGCACUGCUGGCGCCGUUCAUUGUGAUGGAUGCCCUGUGGUAUAAUCGGAUGACCCUGCCGUGCGCGGUGAAUUUCGGAGCUCAGCACACUUAUUCGUUGGUAGUCGAGUUUAUUGGUUACGAUGUGCCGCCGGUAUUCGUUUUGUUCAGCUAUAUUGUCAUCUUUACAAAAUUAUUUCGUCGAACCUUGCGGAAAUUGUUGAAGAAUCGUGUAGUAACUGCACCUAACACGUCAAACGCUUUCACGCUAGCCAUGUCUAAGCAAGAAGCGUCCGCCUACGGUACCGGAGAAACGGUUCCGGAAACCAAAUCCGCUAAACAAAAGCACCACGGCGAAAAGAGAAUGUUCAGUCUGUUUGCUCUGCUGGCACUAUGCGUUCUGAUCUGCUUCAUUCCGCCCAUGAUUUACUUUUUAGUCGUGGAUUUUAUGGCUUACUGGAACGUUACCCUGUUCCAAAUUUCCAUCUGCUUAAUGUAUCUCAGCUGCGUUUUCAAUCCCCUAAUUUAUCAUGCAAGCCUUCCGGAAGUCCAGAAGGCUAUCAAGAAAUUAUUUUAAUGAGUCUGAAAUAACAUUUGGAUUUUGCUACGGUGGAUUACUAAACUAAUCAAAACUUGGAUCGUAGAAUAGUAUUACCACAUAAAGUUGACUGCUGCUAUUGACGGGAACAUAAUGUGGCAAAGAUUUUCAUGUCGUGCACUUAGGCGCUUGUACGUACUGCAGUCACCAUGAUACAGAUGGAGCCUAAACGACCAUGAACAGCCUUAUUGCCAAGUUCCCGUUAGCGAAUGUACGAGUGCCAGCCACACGUGAACACUGUGUAGCUAGUUGCUUAACGAAAACUAUGAAAAAUCUGUUCUCCAUGACGAUAUUAAGCUAUCGCAUGUAAUUAUGUUAACCAUU